AUGAAGAUAGUGUAACUUCGCAUGAGUUUUCGUUUGACAUGUCAGCUGACAGCUUAGAAACGCUUACAAGCAAAAGCAAAUUAAAACAGUCUCUUGAAGGUAGAGUAGCUUUACCCGCAAGUGAAGAAAGUCAAUUUUAUUUAUUUACUGAAGUCGGAUCAAGAAGAAAUUCACAACAUUCUGUCCAAAGUGAACCGUUAUGUGGCAAAUCUAAGUUUAAAAAUGAUUUCAUUGCUAGUACGAUGACUGAUUAUCUCAACUCGCAUCGUCAUUCCAUUGGUUCGGUAAUGGAACUUUUAAGUAACAAGAACGAUGAUGCAUGUUAUCAAAAUUAUGACUCUGUAAAUAAAGAUUUUGAGCAUCUUGAACAAAUAGAAGAUGAUAUGCAACUACUCGAAGAUGAGGAUAUAAAAGGAGAUCCAUUUUUUAUCUUAUCACCUAUAGAGGAAAAAAGUGAACCGUCCACAAGGUCAAGUAGUUGCAAGGGCAGCAGUGGGUCAGGACACGCAGCAAACAAAUAUUUCUCUUUUUCCUGCAAUGCUUUAUCAAAGUCCUAUGAAGAUGGCGAAACUUCAUAUCAGAAGAAAUAUAGCUCUUUUCCUAAAACUAAAAAUGAAUCUUUUUCGAGUAAAGAUAUUAACUAUGACAGCAAUAUGUAUCCCUUAGAACCACGAGAAAUUGAUUUAGAAUCAUUCCAUCAGCUACACACGGCCGAUUCUCAAGAAGAGUUGCAAGAGUUUUUACUUCUUGAAAGUGAAUGCAUGAACGAGAGAGGCAGGGGCCUCGCUUCUGCUUUCAGCGAAGAAAUGGAUGAUUAUCAAUCAAUUGAACCAACACAAACUACAGACCUGUAAGUUCCUAACCCCCAGUUCCUAUAGCACGGCAAGAAAAAUAGAUGACAUUUUCAAAUCAGGUAAUAAACUCACAUUGUUUUGUAUUAUUGGGUUCAUUAAAAAAAAUUGGUUUUGGCAUUUGACUUUACAAAAGCAUUAGGCAAUGUUUUUGUAUAUGUUUGUUUUCAAAUAUCUAAUGGUUAGUUGAAUGUAAUGUACUAAAUAUGUAUGUAUACCUGAGAUUUAGUAAUUGAUA